AAAGGACCAGUUUGAUAUUGGAGGCUCAGUUGGAGCCUUCCCCCUUAAGGUUCAUUCUGAAUAUAUUCCUGAUACCUGGAGGCUGCCUGGUAACAAGACAGUGUUGUUCCAAUGAGCAGCUUUUGUUGCUAAAAAAUUAAUGCUACACAAUGGAAAAGUUGAUCCCCACCAAUCAUUGACACGUGGCUUGGUGAUAUGGCUGACCUCACAGCUAACAAAUAACUGGCAUUCGGCAGAAGGGCGAUGCCUGAAUUUGGGAUGACUUUUGGGUUGACUUUUCAGAGGUGUAUGACUAAUGCAGACCCCCUGGAGAUAGAUAUAUCACUUCCUCUCCUGUCCCUUUAUCACAACCCUCUUUACUUAUUUUUUGUGUUAGGAUGAAUCUUGUACUUUGGUAUAUUUGUUGUAUUUGAAAAAAUUAAGGUGGAUUAUCAUUUAUUAUCUAUUUAAAUUGUAAGCAAUUUGGGUUAGGGACAGCAUCUUCAGUAUGUUCUGUGAGCUGCCUGGAACACAUUUGAGGCAUCAGCUAAACAAUGACAAAUAUACAUAAUGUUUGGAAUUAGUGCCAGCAUGAUCUUUAGUGGCUGCUGUAGUUUGGUUCUGAGCUUAUGCUUUCGUGUAUCAGUUGUGCCUACCUUUCAGGUAUUACCAGUGUCCAUUUGGUCAUCUUACAAAACAUAAUUACAAUGAAAUAAAAUGUCACACCAGAUGCCCUAAGUGGUAUUUAUUAUUUGUAUUGCGGUAGUGUCUAGAGGUCCCAGUUAGGGACAGGGGCCCCAUUGUGCUAGUCAGUGGUUCUCAACCUGCUGCCCAAUCAGCACAUAGCUGCAGUCCAUGUGACAUCCUCGGGGCUGUACAGGUAGUAUUGGAUGCGGCCCACAUAACACAUUGUGGGCCUAAAUAGGUUGAGAACCACCAUGCUAGAUACUCUCCACACCCACACUCUCUCAGAGGGUAGAUCUAAGUACAUAAUGAUUCUUAUAGCAUCCACAAGUGUACUAGGUGAUUUGCGGAGUGUAAAAUAGGUCCUCUGCCUUAAAGAGUUUAUAAGCUAGAAUUUAAAUAUGAUAUAAGUAAGAGUAAUAAGCAAAAAUGGAGUUGAUGGAUUUCAGGACUUAUUCCCACAUGUCAUACCCUCCCCUACACCAUCUCCUCCCACUUUAAAACCUAUUACCAUGGCAAACCUAUUCUAAUUCUCCUUCAGCGUUACCUUGUGUUUUGCUAGACUGUGCUGUAUCUUAGGCCUUAUCUACACUGGGGAUCUGCCUUGCUUUUAGCCACCAUUGUGGCUAGAAUCCCCUGUUGCAGAAAGACAAAUCUUCUCUUCUCAGGGGGGUCAUGUAUUCCUCCUAGAAAUGGAGGUAAAGUGCAAGUGCAAAUUCUAGCCGUUUUGCCUCUGCCCUGAUGCCUGCAACCAGGGCCUACUGGCACUGUAGCCAGGGCCUUGCCAGUUUGCAUCUUCAAUCAGAAGCCUGGCUACGGUUUUAACACCAACCCCAUGAGGUCGCUGCAGCCCUUUGAAGCCUCCGCCUUCUCUGGGGGCCAGAUUCUAAGAAAGGUGAGCAACCCCUGCCCUUCCUCCCUCUCUCUUCCUCCUGCCUCAUCAUGCUUCCUUGCUUCCAUUACUAAGUCGCCGGAGCCCGCGGUGAUGAGUGAGUGAGCGAGCUGAAGAAGGCUGAUGACUGGAGAAUUUUUGAGCCGUUCUUCAACUUCCUCUGCUCGGGUCUGACUAACUCUUUACUGAGCAGCGCCUCUGCUUUCCCCUCUUCCUCCUCGCAGGCGCUGCUCACGGGGGGAGAGGGGAGGGGCUCGCUUCCCUCCGCCACCCCACCUGAGUGGCCGCGGCCCCAGCGUGAAGGGGGCGGGGUUUGCCCAUAUUUAGAACGUUGGUGGCGUCACUCUCCUUAUAUGGGCAGUGCCGUCAGGAGCCGCCGUUCCAUUCAGAUAAAUUUCCUCCCCGGCGAACGGAAUCCCCUGCUGCUCCGGUGGAAAUGCAACGGCGGAGCGGGGCGCGCCGCAGCGACAGGCAGGGGGGAUUAAGGGACCAGCUGUAACCCGCCCAUUUAAGCUCCCGGCCCCUACAGUAGCGGGGAUCCCCCCCUCCCUUCCUAUCCUCAAUUUAAGUCACGCAAAAGCGAGACCCCUGUUCAGUGCAGCCCGAUCCGCCGCCGGCGACGCUCGAGGAGAGGGACUGCGGCCGGGGACAGUGAUGAAGAAGGUGACGGCCCUCGACUGCCGCCAGCUGCGGAAGCUCCUGCGGAAGGAGCCUUCCCGCUGCCUGGUGCUGGACUGCAGACCCUACCUGUCCUACUCGGCCUCCCGCUUGCGGGGAGCGCUCAGUGUCAACCUCAAUUCGGUCGUGAUGCGCCGGGCCCGCGGCGGCCCCGUGCCCCUCAACUUCGUGGUGCCGGACGAGGCGGCCCGAACCCGGCUGCUGCUGCCGGGGGAAGGCGCGGCCGCGGCGCGGCUGGCGGCGGUGAUUGUCCUGGAUCAAGGCACCGGCCACUGGCAGAAGCUGAAGAAGGAGAGCACGGUGCAGAUCGUCCUCAACGCGCUGCUGUCCAGCCUGCCCGAGACCGGGGCCAGGGUCUGCUUCCUGAAAGGGGGAUAUGAAACCUUUUACUCUCAAUAUCCUGAGUGCUGUGUCGAUGUAAAACCCAUUUCCCCAGAGAGAAAUGAAACCGAGAGAAACCUCAACAGCCACUGUGAGAAGCAGAGCACCAACCACAAACCGGCUUAUGAUCAGGGUGGUCCAGUUGAAAUCCUGCCUUUCCUUUACCUUGGGAGUGCCUACCAUGCUUCCAAGUGUGAGUUCCUAGCCAACCUGCACAUCACAGCCUUGCUCAAUGUCUCCAGGAAAGGUUCAGAGUCCUUUAAAGAGCAGUAUUGUUAUAAAUGGAUCCCAGUGGAGGACAGUCACAUGGCAGACAUCAGCUCUCACUUCCAGGAAGCCAUAGAUUUCAUUGAUUGCGUGAGGCGAGCUGGAGGCAAAAUCCUGGUACACUGUGAAGCCGGAAUUUCACGCUCCCCCACCAUCUGCAUGGCUUAUCUCAUGAAAACGAAAAAGUUCCGCCUGGAGGAGGCAUUUGAUUACAUCAAACAACGUAGGAGUCUGAUCUCACCAAAUUUUGGCUUCAUGGGCCAAUUGCUACAGUAUGAGUCAGAGAUCCUGUCUUCCACUCCUAGCCCCCCUGUUGCCUCAUGCAAAAGGGAAGCUGUGUCUUUUUUUGCAGAAGAAUUGACUUUAAGCAAAAACUUUGAAGGCUCAUGUUACACAUUUCCUACCUCAGUCUUGAGUUCUGUGCCCAUUCGUUCUCCUGUCCAUCAGCUAAAACUUAGUCCUAUUACUGCAUCUUCAUCAUGCUAAACCCUUUUGGAAAUGAGAAAUAAUAUGUUCCUUUGAUACCAACUGUGAUUCCAAUAAGAACAUUUCAUGAACGUGCAAUACAGAAGGCCUCACUGUUUUAUUCCAAAACGAAUAGUCAUAGUAGGUGAUAACUUGUGUAUAUGGACACUGACUACAAAGAAAAGUGAUGUACGCAGGGCUGGCUUUCUAGAGAUUUAAUGUCCUCUUUAAAAACAAACAAAACAACACUGCUUUUCUAAGUUUUUAAUAGAGUGCAACCACUACUGUACUUCCAGAUCCCUAUGGAACAAUGGAACCCCUUCCAUGUAAAAGGAUCAGACCCAUACAACUGUCUCUUGGUUCCUGUCUCUUUCAAAAAUUGUAACAGCCUUGUUUAAAGUGUAAGCAAUAAACAACUGUAUCAGGAAAGAGCGAGUGAAAUGAAAAGCACAAUCCUUGAAAUGACAGGGAGGACAAGCGCUCUAAUACUUGUUUUGCCUGUUUCCUUGCUGUUUGUUUCAUGCGUCAGGGAUUAAACUGAUCUGAAGUUGGGGUUAGGAAGAAACUUCCCUUUGUGGUUCUAUUCUUGCAGAAUCAGGGGCAUUAGAGGGGUUUUUCACCUUUCUCAGAAGCAUCAGGCAUUGGCCACUCUCUGUGACAAGAUAUUUGAUUACAUGGACCAUUGAUCUAUAUAGGUGUGGCGUUUCCUGUGUUUCUGCACUUGCCUUUGUACUGUAUGUGCUUUUACCUAACGCAGAGAACCGGGGACUUUAAAUGACGUGAUCAGGCUAUCCUGCUGAGCUACUAUCUCAUCUGUUAUUUAAGAACUGCCCUGUAAUACUUGAACAUCUAUCUAACCCUCCUCAAAGUCACUCUUCCAUCCAUUGAAACUGUAAUUGGUGGAAUUUAGACUAAAAGUCUCAGCCCCAUCCUCUGACCUCUUCAAAGUGUUACUGGUUCGUACUAUGUGGAGAAAAGUGGUCUUGUUCAGUGUUACAUGGCUUGCUGUCAUAUGUACGGUCGCUCCCACCUAAUGUUUCUUCUGAUAAAAUUGUCUCUCACAAGGGGACUGACUGUC